GUGCGGAUCGGGCGCUCCAAGCUCUCCAUGCUGAUCUCAGCCUGCAUCCAACAACCCGGAGGACUGUGCAGCGUACCGCUCGCAUUUCAUGGUCGCUCUGGCCUCCUCCGGCACCAGGGCCCUGCUACACAAAUGUCCUAGACUCUCCGCCCGCCUCUCCUCCUCCUCCCACCUGCGUUCCGGCCGCAAAGCACCCGACAAAAUCAACUACAACACUCGGAUAUCUUUCGACGACGCCCCUGAUGCUGAACAUGUCACAUACAAACGCGUCACCGCGAACGAUCUCGAGCACUGUCACGAGCCACCGCGCCGCGUCAAGAUGCUCGUCCGCGAUUUCAUAGAGGACUCAUUGUACAAUCCGCAUUACGGGUAUUUUCCUAAGCAGGCGGACAUCUUCACCGCCAUUGAACCUAUUGACAUCUCAAAGUUGGAUAACGUCGUACACUUCCAGGCGGAGGUGGCCGAACGGUACGCAGCAUAUGGUCCCGACGGUGAGGGACCAGGAAGGCAGAUCUGGCAUACACCAACCGAGUUGUUCAAGCCAUGGUACGGCCGCGCCAUCGCCCAAUGCCUUGUAUCUGAGUACCUGCUCAAGUAUUUCCCUUACGAAGAUUUCAUAAUAUACGAGAUCGGCGCAGGCAACGGCACGCUCGCGCUCGACAUCCUGGACUACCUGCGCGAGCGGUACCCCGAAGUGUACGAACGCACGCGUUACAACAUCAUCGAGAUCAGCGGCAACCUCGUGCAGCUGCAGCGCAAAAAGCUGUGUGGCGUGCACGACUGCGUGAACGUGGUGCACAAGAGCGUCUUCCGCUGGGACACGCUGGAGCCCUCGCCGUGCUUCUUCCUCGCCAUGGAGGUCAUCGACAACUUCGCGCAUGACAUGAUCCGCUACGACCUGCGCACGCUCGAGCCGUACCAGGGCCUGAUCACGAUCGACGCGCACGGCGACUUCAGCACGUACUACACGCGCGUAACCGACCCGCUCAUCGCGUCCUUCCUCGCGCUGCGCCGGCGGCUCAUGCACGCGCCGCCCAUCCCGCGCCUGCUCAAGCUCUCGUCCACGUUCCGCACGCUGUACACCAACCUGCCUUUCGCGCCGAACCUCUCCCCACCGGAGUACAUCCCCACGCGGCUGUUGACCCUCCUGCGCACGCUCCGCCGGCACUUCCCGCGGCACCGACUGCUGCUCUCCGACUUCUCGUCGCUGCCCGAUACGAUCGAGGGCGUGAAUGCACCCGUGGUGCAGACGCGGUACCGGAACGAGACGGUGCCGUGCACGACGUUGCUCGUCAAGCAGGGAUACUUCGACAUAUUUUUCCCGACGGACUUUGAGAAGUUGCGGGACAUGUACGAGGACGUGCUCGCCCAGCCACUCCAGUUGUCGGCUGCACAGGAGAACGUGCUUCCUCGGUCGCCCCUCUCGACAACCGCGUCGCCACUCUGGCUCGACAACAGCUUCUUCUCGUCGUACCGCCCGAAAAACGUCAGGCCGUCUACAGAUGGCGCUCUGUCUGCGAGUGGGAUCCCGGCGGGAGAGCGCAAGUCUGACGUAUUCACGCAUGCGGAGUUCCUGUCGACGUACGCGGACUUGAAUAAGACUCGCUUGCGGAACGGGGAGAAUCCCUUGUUGGAGCUGUAUCAGAAUGUCAAAUUCUUGUUUUGACCGGAUACGAGAACGGUUCACUUGAUAUAACAGUAUUGAUGAGUGCUCCGUGUAAGAUUGAUAAACUAGCACUGACCAGUCCGGCUGCGGUCUUGCAGAGAGGCCUCCAUGCAGAGAUGGGGGCUUGGUGCAAGGGUGUUGGGGCAUGAACGAUCCAGAUGGCGGGCGGUCGAUUUCAGGUCGUCCGGACUCAGCGAGGAGAGGUGAUUCACCAUCACCUAUUCAUUAGAAUGGUAAAGGGGCCGAAAGAAUUUUCGGACAGAGACGAGAAACUUGGGUUGCGGAAUAGCUUGGCAUGGGCCAGGGACACCCUGGGACACCGGCAGGGAUAAAAACAUACGUAUUUUCAAUAUUGAAGAAACAUCGUCUGGACCAUGAUUAUGGGCAUCCUCGAUCUUCGUAUUGAAUCAUAGAACUCGGAAGCCGAAAUUUUACCAAAAAAUGC